AUGAAACGCAACGUUGCGCGUACCGAGGGCGCAUCAAAUUGCCUUUUGAAGACAUUGACCUUCCUCAAAGCGAGGUCAAUGCGGGGUACAUGCUCGAGCUAUUUGCCUAGCCUGUCAGCUCAGGCCUCAUGUCCAUAUUCUCGGGCAAACAAUGUCCGGUCUCAGCUUUGCUCGUGCCGAUCUGCACCAACAGCAAAGCGCGGCAACCUUAAGAUGGUGUCAGAAGUCGUAGCCUCAUCUGCUUUGUCUGCCGAGAUGCAUAAGAAGCCGGCCUUCCUUCUCCUCGAGCACCUUUUGCCUCUCGACCAGCCAGUGAAGACAUGAUGAAGACUGCAGUUCUCGCCUUUGCUGCUCUUGCCGGCCUCGCGUCUGCUGCUCCAGCACCUGCAGCAUCCAAGUCACUUGCUGCGCCCAACUCAAAGAGCGGUGUCGCGGCCCUCAUCGGCCAAUUGAAACUCAUCGACAACAUCACUGUCACCAUCCCGGUCGACACUGCACCAACAGACAACCUCGUCGAAGCUUCCUUCUUCGUCACGAACGGCCUCCCCAACCUUGGACUGUACGCAGAGACGAUCCAAUUCAACUCCCUGCGAGUUUCAGCGUCUGUAAACAAGACCGUCUAUGCUAGCUUCUCCUACACUUUCAAGCCGCCCCUCCAAGUCCCAGGCGGCAAGACAGUCAGCUCCCCUACCAUCCCCAACGUGCUUUUGACCCAGGGCUUCGAUAACUCCCUUGCGCUGCUAGACGCAUUCGGCGGUCCCCAGGGCUACCUCGAUCUUGCUACAACGGCCAGCCUGACUGUCAAGUCUUCACUGCUGUUCGGUAUCAUCCAGGCACCUAUUACCGUCACUCUGCCAUACAACCAGAAGAACGUCACGACAUUCUUCAACUUCGAGUAACGGAACCGGACUUGUACAUCGUCUAAAAUGGGCUUCAGAGACACGCCAUGUAAUAUUGCACG